AUGAAGUUCACCACCGCGAUCACGGGACUUCUCGUUGCGGCUGCUGGAGUCUUUGCUGCACCGGUCCCGGCUCCUGUGGCUGUGGCUGAUCCGCCCGGAAUCCCUUCGGCGACGUCGGCGAGGACCCUUCUUGCGGGAUUGACAGUGGCAGCUGCAGGAUCGUCGGCCGAUUAUGACCGUAGCCUGUUCCGCCACUGGCACAUUGUAUCAGGCACAUGCGAUUCACGUGAGACGGUGCUCGUGCGCGAUGGAAGCGGCGUCAGCACCGACAGCGCAUGCCAGCCGACGUCUGGAACAUGGUUUAGCCCGUACGACGGCGUGACGGUGACACAAUCGUCGUCGGUCGACAUUGACCACAUGGUGCCGCUGGCCAAUGCAUGGAUCUCGGGCGCCUCGACGUGGACGGCUGCACGACGAGAGGCUUUCGCCAACGACCUGUCGGGCCCGCAGCUGUGGGCGGUCUCGGCCAGCACGAACCGAUCCAAGGGCGAUCGCAGCCCAGAUCUGUGGUCGCCCCCCGUGACGGCGUUUCGGUGCACAUACGCGCGGAGCUGGAUCCAGGUCAAGAGCUCGUAUAGCCUCACCAUUACCAGUGCCGAGCGCACGGCGCUGACCAGCAUGCUCAACACAUGUUGA